UACCCGUCCGCCCCGCCAGCCUCCCCAGCUUUGGCAGGGAAGGAGUUAACCUCCAGCCUUCUCAGCGUGAGUGUGGAGCUAUUAAUACCCACAGCCCAGUCAGUCUGCCAGAGAAGCCACUGGAGCUGGGGAGAGCAGGGAGCCGGGGAAGCCGCCAGCCGCCCGAGCUGGAACCGGGACUCCAGGGGCCAAAACUUUUCUCGAUGACGACGUGGGCACCGUGCCAGCCUCACCUGGCCCUUGCCCAUCUGUCAGCUGCAGGUCCCAACCCUCUCUCCUGGAGGCCACCCGUGCCACCCACCCCAGCCGAGAACAAACUUUCUUCCUUUGCGGCUGUGCUGGCUGGACAGGGAGGAGCAGACGACUGGACAGACAAGGGCACUGGGAUACAGGACACUGUAAGCCUGCCCUCCCAGGCCCGCCUCUGACAGACAGCCACAGAGUGGGCAGCUGGGGGGCCUAGGGCUCCACAGGGGCAGUGGGGGCCCUGCCGGACCUCCGACCACCUACCAGCCACCUUGGAGUCCAGGUAGCUGGACACUGCUUCCCAGGGCCCAGCCCUUUGGCUGGAACACCCUCGGGUCAAGACAGGAGCCCCCACCAGACAGAGCCCCCUCGGCUCCUCCACCCACCGAAGCGACGGGCAACCUGAGUGAGAAGGCACAGGUGGCGGGCGGGCAGGUGCGGAGCCCUGAGGCCGACGGGCUGCUGACCCUGGAGCACCCUGGCUCAGGGACUUCUGCCCAGGCUGGGGACGAUGCUGUGGAGGCCACCCCCAUCCACCCCUGCCCUGUCCUGGAGCUGCCUCCAGCCUGGCCCAUGGGCUGUGGAGUCGAUGAUGUACCGGCCUUCUGCUUCAUCUGCUUCCACAGGGAGGAGGAGGAGGAGCUGCUGGAAGAAGUCCCACUGCGGAGGCCAACACCUUAUUAAGGACACCCUUGGAAUCUGCCCAUGCUAGGGACAUAGCACAAGUCUAGUGGCCUGAGGGAGAAGACCUGGGCUUGGGGACAGAGAAUCUCUUGGGAUCCCAGCAUGAGAGUCAGAAAGGCCUUCCUGGCAUCACUUGGUACAACCUCGAGCCCCCGACUGCGUCCCCAGCAGAUGAGCAUCUAGCCUCGCUUCUCCACCCCUGCUCUGGAGACUGGGAAGUCCAAGAUCAAGGCACCAGCAUUUGAGAUGAAGUUCUCACUGUGUUACCCAGACUGAUCUUGAACUCCUGGGCUCAAGCAAUCCACCUGCCUUGUCCUCCCGAUCCAACUUCUGGGAUUGCAGGCACAAGCCAUCAUGCCUGGCGUUCUUUGCGGGGAGAAGAUGAGCGUGGGCUGCCCAGAGCCUGAGCCGCCCCGCUCCCUGCCCUGCUGUGGGCCGGGGACUGCCCCGGGACCUGGAGCAGGCGUGCCCCUUCUCACUGAAGACAUGCAGGCCCUGACCCUCCGCACACUGGCCGCCAGCGAUGUCACCAAGCAUUACGAACUAGUCCGGGAGCUGGGCAAAGGCACCUACGGGAAGGUUGAUCUGGUGGUCUACAAGGGCACAGGCACAAAAAUGGCACUGAAGUUUGUGAACAAGAGCAAAACCAAGCUGAAGAACUUUCUGCGGGAGGUGAGCAUCACCAACAGCCUCUCCUCCAGCCCCUUCAUCAUCAAGGUUUUUGACGUCGUCUUUGAGACAGAGGACUGCUACGUCUUUGCCCAGGAGUACGCACCUGCUGGGGACCUGUUUGACAUCAUCCCUCCCCAGGUGGGGCUCCCCGAGGACACGGUGAAGCGCUGCGUGCAGCAGCUGGGCCUGGCGCUGGACUUCAUGCACGGGCGGCAGCUGGUGCACCGCGACAUCAAGCCAGAGAACGUGCUGCUGUUCGACCGCGAGUGCCGCCGCGUGAAGCUGGCCGACUUCGGUAUGACGCGCCGCGUGGGCUGCCGCGUCAAGCGCGUGAGCGGCACCAUCCCCUACACGGCGCCCGAGGUGUGCCAGGCGGGCCGCGCCGACGGUCUGGCGGUGGACACGGGCGUGGACGUGUGGGCUUUCGGCGUGCUCAUCUUCUGUGUGCUCACCGGCAACUUCCCGUGGGAGGCGGCCUCGGGCGCCGACGCCUUCUUCGAGGAGUUCGUGCGCUGGCAGCGGGGACGCCUGCCGGGGCUGCCGUCGCAGUGGCGCCGCUUCACCGAGCCUGCGCUGCGCAUGUUCCAGCGCCUGCUGGCCCUGGAGCCCGAGCGCCGCGGCCCGGCCAAGGAGGUGUUCCGCUUCCUCAAGCACGAGCUCACGUCCGAGCUGCGCCGCCGGCCCUCGCACCGCGCACGCAAGCCGCCCGGGGACCGCCCGCCCGCCGCCGGGCCACUGCGCCUCGAGGCGCCCGGGCCGCUCAAGCGGACAGUGCUGACCGAGAGCGGCAGCGGCUCCCGGCCCACGCCCCCCGCCGUCGGGGCGGUGCCCGUGCCCGUGCCGGUGCCGGUACCUGUGCCGGUGCCGGUGCCGGUGCCCGAGCCCGGCCUGGCUCCCCCGGGGCCCCCCGGCCGGACCGACGGCCGCGCGGACAAGAGCAAAGGGCAGGUGGUGCUAGCCACGGCCAUCGAGAUCUGCGUCUGAGCCCCACCGCCCUCUGACCGGGGAACAGCCCGGGGCGCCCCAAGCCGGUGCCGGGUAAGGCGGUGGGGAAUGGAGCCGCCUCGCCGCGGGGCACGGGGCGCAGCGGUAGACUAGGCGGGACGCGGCCGGGCGCCUGGUCCGUCCCGACGGGCUGGUGAAGGGGCCACCAGAGACCGCUGGCGCGGCCUGGUGGGCGGGGACUUCACCCAGAGGAGCCAAGCCCCAUAGACCCAAGAAUUCGGAGCCCCCCAACACACACACACACACACACACACACACGCACGCUAGGAGCAAGGGAGCUCUCGGGCCACACUUCCAGAAACCGCCAUGAGCCCUGCAACCCUGGACUCGUUGCUCCUGGCCCUCCAUACCCCCUGGCAGAUCAUCCUGCGGUCCCACCCCAGUUCCCCUCCUCCUGGCCGUCCCACUCUGCCCCUCCCUACCCUGGGCACAGAAAGGGACUGAAGUGUUGGGCAGAGAGGGGGCCUAAGGCCCCUGGGCACUGGCUGGGAUCAGGGCAGUGAGCAGAGGGCAGCUGUGCCCUGCCCUUCUGGAGGCUGGAGAGGAGAGGCAAGCCCCUGGAAAAUGUAGCAAAUGUCUGCAUGUCGUAUAAGUGCGUGUAUGUGCAGGACAGCCUCCAAGGAGCUAGUGACUCCUGCACACCCCCAUUGCACGGAUGAAAUCACAGCCCAGGAAGGAGGGCAGCUUGGCACUCGCUGAGAAGCAGAGCUCUCUCCCCUCCCUCCCCCUUCUCCUCCCCCCAACCACAAGGGUUUGUCCUGACAACUUCCGGGGAUAGAAGGGCUCACAGGGCAGGGAUCUCGGCUGCCCCGGCAUCCUUAAGUCAGGGGAGUGAAUGCGAAGCUGAAGGCAGGGCCCAGCUCCCCCUGCCGGCCGCACCUUCCCAGGCCCAGGGACCUCCGCUGGGUCCUCCCAGCCCUCGCCGCCCCAGCCUAGAAAAAGUAGCUUGGGCUUCCGGCAGGUGGCGAGAUGGUUCAUGCUGGAAAUUUCUCCUGGGUUUUGCUGGGGUCAAACAUGCCAGCCUCCAAGACCCCAUCCUGACGUCUCCCACAUUUCUGGUACUGGAGUGUGCAGGGUGUAGGAGCUGCACGUGGGUGUGAGAAUGGGGCCCAUGGACUCGAUGGGGCAAGUGUGUGACUAGGUGUGUGCGUAGGGUGCAGACACAUGGGUGUCGCCCUAUGCGUUCAGUGACUGUGCGUCCAGACGGUUCAGCAGCCCCACCCACCCUGGUCCUCCCAGGCAGCUGUCCCAGGGGCCCAGGCCUGCCUUGCACCACACCCCUCAGGGAAUCCAGCAAGGAGCCCCCUGCAGGUUGGUUCAGGCCCCUAGGCAGCAAAACAGAGAUGACAGGACCCCCACCUCCUCCAGUGCUCCCUCCUGACCCCCUGCCCUCUCUGUGGAGGCCUGGGACCCCUGCAAUAAGCUCCAUAUGGGCAAGGCUGUCCCUGUGCCUUGCAAUGCCCCACCCUCUGCCCCAGGUCACCCCUGCCAGGGUCCCUCCUGGGGUUCUGGGCUAUUCAAGGGGCUCUUUGAUGGGCCAGGCCGGCCAGAGUGAACUCCGAGCACUUUCUGGCUGGACCCCCGCCUCUGUACUCCCCACUCAUUCCCACCUUGAAAAAGGGCUAUAGGUCCCCUGCCCUGCCUGGGUCCAGUUUACAAACAGUGUGGGGUUGUCCCAGGGCCUGGCCCCGCUCUCCCCGCUGUGCCCACUCCUCUCCAGACCCCACCUCCCCAGUGGGUACGGGCCCUCCACAUGCCAGGUAAGUAGCAAACCCCCCUCCCUCCAAGGGCCAGGUCUCAGAGAAGGCCCGUCACUGCCCCCGGCCCACCUGGAGCCCAUUGGGGCUGCCUCUCCCAGCUGCGACUUCUUUUGCCUUAGGCCUUGAGACAUCCUGAUCUCUCCUGCAAUAACAAGGAAUCGAGAUUCCACAGUAGACGUCCCUUGCCGUGCGCUCUCUCUCUCUCUCUCUCUCUCUCUCUCUCUCUCUCUCUCUCUCUCUCUCUCUGUCUCUCUCUCUCUCUCUCUCUCUGUUAAGAUCCUGUUCCGGAGUUUCCCCUGCCAUCGUAGUAUCUAGUAUGUUAGAGUUGGGAGGGGACCGUAGUUACGACGUAGCCCAGCCACCUCAUUCCCAGAGGCACCCAGAGGGCCAGCCACCAGCCUGACCCCAAAGCAGAACUGGAACACCAGGUUGAGGCCCUGCUGCUGCCACCUCUGCUGGUCGGGCUGGGACCCUUUUGCCCCUUAGGAGAGGUGUUGGUCACAGAUGUUUACCUCAGUUUAUGUCACUGUCGAAGAAACAAAAAUAAUAGCAAAAAAUAAUACUGUAGAAAUGAAGACUUAGAAGACAAAAAAAAAAAAAAAAAAGCCACACACACACAAAAAAUCUCCCCGUUCCGAUUCUUCUGUGAAGGUACAGUGUGUAUGUAUGUGUGUGUGUGUGUGUGUGUGUGUCUGUGUGUGCCCCCGUGUCUCCAUCCCACCCCGGGCAGGCCGGGGCAUCCCAACCCCUGUCCCAGCCCCUGUGUCCCCCACACUGCCCCUGUCCUUCGGUGCUUCCCAGAGACCCCUCUGAGCUGGCCUGUGGGGUGCGGGGAGCCCCCUGGGUGGGAGGCAGGGCCACAGGUCAGCUAGAGGGUCUCCACCAGGCCCUCCGAACAGAGCCCACAGCUGCCCAAUGUUCCCUGAGCCCACGCUGUGGCCAGUGGGACAGUCCUGGUGGCUGGCAUCAGCGUCCAUGCCUGGCUCAGGGCCUGGGGCGGGGUCCCGGCCCCGGAGCCCCAGACCCUCAUGUCUUGCCACCCUUCCCCCAUGUGUUUGUAAAUAUUCUGGCAUCCUUUAGCCCUGAGGUUUUUAAAUGUGUUAUUUACUUCUCUAAACAUGACGAUUGCUAUAAAAUAAACGUUUAGAAAAAUGA